GCGUAAGUGCGCGAGCCACCGACGGAGUAGUGAUUUGUUUUCAAAGUGGAAGCAGUGUGGUGGAAGUUCUUGUUCUACUAGCGUUGACAUUCAUUGCUUAUCAUCGCAUUUAGUUGUGCCUCUGAACGCCACACCGAUCGAAAACAAUGGAUACUGCGAAGGCAAUGAGCGCUGACAACGGCCAUGUCUUUCCUUCACUCGCCACCGGCUUCAUCCCAAGCGUCGUCGCGUCUGUGUCCAUUGAAGGUUGUGACACCGACAUAUCCAUCAUGGAGUUUACCGACAAACUGUUUAUCGUGAUUUCCCAGUACAAGAAACUGGGCACCCUUGUGCUUGUCACAAAGGAUGCUGCAAACUGUGAUGAUCCCAAGACGCUUGUGUAUACUACGAAGGUGCUGUUCGGAAAGGACGAGGCGGAGGUAGAAGCGGCUGGCAAGAACAUAGCCAAGACAAUCGAGACCUCAAAGACUAUUCUUUUAAGUCUGGCAUUGAAAAAGUUCUCGCCCACCAUUGUACGAAGCAUCGUAUCAGCUGUGGUCACUCACCUUGGCACCUUAAGUUCUACAGCGUGCCAAAAUUCAUGUACUUCGUGAUAGUAGCUAAUCGCUGUCUGUGAAGUUACUUUGUGCUCACUGCAAACGGUGAACAGUACGCAUGGUUAAGGAUACACGCGAAGAGUGUUUUGGAGAGCGUAUGUGACCAACAAAGGAACAGACCAACAAAGACUUCUAAACAUUUUCGCUUGAUCUGCUGUGUAAAAAAGUUUCACUACCUCUGUGCACCACUGAACUUUCAAAAUGUGUGAUUUUUGCUACUUGUACUAUUAGCAUUCUUUGGACAGUUUACAUUGCUAUUGGAAAUAAAAGUUUGUAAUCCGAGUGAUAUUGAAGGAUGCAUGCUUUCUUUGAGCAA